AUUUAAUCGCUUAAAAUAAACAUAGCCGGCAUUUUCAAAGUUGCGAAGUUAGUUUAUUAUCGUGGAGUUAAUCUGCACGAAGUUCACACCCGUCGCCAUUAACGCCACGAAGUAGGUACGCGAAUCGGAGAUUGGACUGGCGCAGUGAAAUAGUGUUAUUUAGGUUAUAGUGUUAAAAUAAUACGUAAUUGUGCAACGAAAACAGCAAUAAAACACUGGAAACAUUUUACAAUAUAAAUUAGUAAACCGAAGAUAGCAAUAAAACGGUAUAAUGUUCAAUGAAUGUCAGAUAUGAAGAAAGAUAAAACCACAAGUGGAUUGAAACUUAUGACGACAGUGCCUUAAGAUAAAAAUAAUAAUUAGAAUUAAAUUAACGAAAGCAGUAUUUUGUUUUUAUUAUUUGCUGUUAGAUGUUUAGAGAUAUAAGGAAGUAGCAACUUUUUAACUUAUAAGUUAGUGCUGCAAGCAUGAAAAUUCCAGAGACAUCAGCUAACGCUGGCGCUUAUUAUGGCAGUGAGGACAAUAUACAGUGGCAGCCAAACGGCGUAAUCAUUGACAACGGUGUUGGUGGCGGUGUGGUUGGUAGUGGAGACGCUGGUCACCGCCCUGCAGUGUACUCAGUACCUAUACCGAGAGGACACAUUCCUGGUGGAUACGUAAUGGCAGGAGCAGCUUACCCCGGUGCUGCAUAUAUCGAGUCUCAGGAUGACUUCGAAGACUACAUGUGGAUGGAAAACGAAGAGGAGUUUGAUAAUCAGGUCAUGCAGCAAUUAGAGGAAGAAGCAUUAAUGGAACAGUGUAUAGAAGCAAUGCUGGAAGAUGAACAAAGAGAGCAGAGACAGAGACCGGUUUCAAACGGACACAAUCACUACCCAAUGACAAGUAACGGCAUAUCAUCUCUGUCAUUGGAAGAAACAGUUUCGAGAUCUAAGUUGAACCCGCUUGCUGCUGAAUUUAUUCCCAUCAGAGCCAGAUCCUCUCCAGAAGCACAAGAUACUACAGAGACAAAAACAGAAGUGGAAAGCGCAAAAGAAACAGUCUCCGUUCCGCAGGAGAAACCCCAGCAGCCGGAUGAAGUUGACAGCAAACCAACUCUGGAAGAAAGUAAAACAGCAGAACCCAUCCCAGUCCCGACGGAGCCGCCGGAAGUGAGCGCUGCAGACGUACAGCCGAUAGACAAGAAGCUAAAAGAUAGUAAGAAGGAAACGAAAUCUAAGCCGGAUGUUAAGAAAGUUAUAAAAAAUGAAACCGAAAACGUUAAAAAGACAAAACCGGUCCCGGUGAAAACUGACAGUAAAGUGACUUCAAAGAAGAAGGAAGUAAAAGUUGUUAAAAGUGAAGUGAAGGAGGAAGAUGUGCCCGGCGCCGACGUUGUCAAACAAUCAACACCACCACCGACAGAGGAGUCACAAACAGGAAUCAAACCCAUUAAUUACGCUGCCGCGGCGAAAGCGAAUAAGCCCAAGAAAGCAACAACACCGCCGAUUGUGGAAAAGACUCCGCAACCUACGAAAACCGAUAAACUUGUAAAGCCAACAGAGAAGCAGGAAAAGAAACCACAAUUAAAAGACAAAGUAAAAGUAGAGAAACCAGUUGUACAAAGAAAGAACUCCACAAAGUAAUAAUAAAAUUGAAAGUGUACAAAAAGUAAUAAAAAAAAAACAAAUUAUUUUUGCACUGGCAACCCUGAUGUACAAUGUCAACAAGGUUCUAAACUUUAUUAUCAACGAGCAACACCGCCAGUUUUGUAUGUAUAUAGUUCUGUUUUUAUAUAUUGUGAUAUUUCCCGUUAAUUGCAUUUUUUUCUUAAAACGAGGAAAUAAAAAAAAAUAUAUAGUGUAAAAAUCAUAAUAUAAUUGUACAAGAUUAUAAUUAAAAAAAAAAAUUGUUUAGGUUAGUGGUGCGGGUUUUUGUUGUACAGAUAGACAAACAAAGUUCAUGCAUAAUUAAAAAGCAUAAUAAUUUCAAAUAUACAUCUUCAGAACUCUACAAAUCUCUUUGAAUAAACUAAUAUCACUAUAAAUUUUACUAUUAUUAUUUAAAAACUUUCAACAAUGAAUUUUUACCAGCCAUUCGUCAUUUUUCAUUAAUUUCAUUCAUUAUGUUUAGUUAUAUUGAACUUGUUCCAUCAAUGAAUUAGUUAAUAACUAAAUACCUAAAGGUUGCUUGACAAUGGCCUCUUAGCAGGUCUCCCAUAGGUUGUAAAAGUUUAUUAAUGUUAUUUGUAUAACAUUUUAAUAACACAAUACACCAUUAAAUACACCAAUAAUUGCACUUUCCAAAAGGUACAAACUACAUCAAAAUUAAACGUAAUAACAUAACCUUAUCGUCAAUUAUUACUGGUUGAUCUGAUUUUUAUAGUUAAUCUUCAUUUUAUCUUAGAGAAUAAAUCGAAUAAUCAUUUAAAUUUAUUACUUAGAAUGACCAACAUGCUACGGUGAUUGGUUUUUCAGAAUUCGGAGGUUGAAUAAUUUAGGAUAGUUGGAUAUUAUACGAGUCUAGGAUAUAUCCAUAGAAAGAAAGUGAAAUUAGUGAAAGUCGUAUUAUGGAAAAUUAUAAUUGCUAUUACUGAUUAAAUGUCAAAAUUUUUAAUGUUACAAUUUGUUUGAAUAAAUUGAAAAUAAGUUUUGGCUCAUAAGUUUUAUAUUUGGUCUUGAAUACGCAUAAUAAUUUAAAAUCAUUAAUAAAUACAAUACAAGUAGAAAUAUCACUCUAUUUUUUGAAGAUGUGUAUGUUUUUACAAUAUUCUGUGUAUAGAGAUGUUUAUGGAAUGUUACUGCAAAAAUCCGCGCCAUAUUAUUAUAAUUAAAUAUAACAAAAAGAGCCUCCAAUUAAGGCUGUCCACUAAUCGUAUAGAGCAUAGAUAAUUAUAAAUAAAAAAAAAUGUACAUUUUUGUGAACGUCGAAAAAAUGUAUAAUAAAAAAAAGCACGUGUUGAGUGUUAUGGGUAUUCAGUUAUUUUAGCACUAAGUUUAUAUAGAAUAGAGUUUUUGUAGAUUUUAAAAUAUAGACGUAGAUAUGAAAUGUGCACUCCAGUCUCCAAUAGUCAACAUUUCAUUUAUUUUUUUGGUUAUUAAAUUUAAGUUAGGCCGAAAAAUAUAGCCAAUGUCACGUUGGACGAUAAAAUAUAAUAAAAAACAAAGUUAAGAAUAACUUUCAAACGAUCUUUACAGUAUUCGAGCAUUUGUUUUUUAAAUUUUUUAUAUUUAUUUUUGUCGUACACUAAUACAGUUAUACACAAAUAAUUUAAUAGUAUGUCAAAAUUUAAAUAUAAUCUGGAGCCAAUUUGUAAAGGGAAGUCAAUAAUUUUGGCGCCAAUAUUCCCAAAUGUCAACUUGACAGAAAUAAAUUAUGAAAUUUCCUCAAACCAUAAAAAUUUCCAACUAUUUAAAAAAAAAAAGUAUUGACGGAUUGCACAGUUCAUAUUAUUUUCGGCAUAAUAUUUGGAUGUUGCAAGAUUCUCAAAAAUAUACCAUUUUGGUAGAAAUAUCGUACCAUUUGGUGAGUUUUGUUGACUUGCUAUAGCUAUUACAUUUUAUUAUAAUAUUGAAUUUAUCGUUUACAAUUAUAGGAUAUAAAAGUGUAUUUAAUAGAAUUGGUCAUAGUUUUGUUGAAAUUUAAUAAAUAAAGACAGCGUUAGUGUCGAUUGCAAUUUAUAAUUAAAAAAAAAAAUUAUAUAGUCUGUUGAACGUAAUCACUGCCUUUACGACAAUUUAUCAGAUUUAGAAUCAAUUUCAAAGAUACAAAGUAAAUUUUAAUAAUUACUCGAUUUUUGAAGUACAGCGCUUAGUAAACAUAUGUUAUGGAUAUUUUUUUUAUAAUUAUAAAAUUAAUAAAAUCUUAGGAAAGUUAUUAAAAAAUAUAUAUCUAAGUUUUGAAAAUUGUAAUCUAUUAUCGUAAUUCAUUGUUUUUUUUUCAAACGUCAUUGUAUAAUAUUAUUACGUAAUUGUAUGUUAUAUCUUAGUUUUAAAACAUUAGACGACGCAUGGGUCCGGUCAUUUUGUUUUUU